AUGGAAAUCGAAAAUCACCAGUACACUCCUUCUACAAUUUUUAUGGGUGUACUUCUGAUAUUCGUGGCUACUGCCUCAGCAUGUGGUAACGGGUUUGUCCUUGGUAUUCUUGCCCGGUUUAAAACUCUUCGCACUUUCCCAAACAUUCUGAUCGCGAACCUCGCCUUGGUAGAUUUUUUGACCGGGGUCAUCAACAUGCCUAUGUACCUGCUAUGGGGCGUUUUUAAGGUAAAAUGGUUCACUGGAAAGACUUUGGCAAUCUUUGUGGCUUUCGCGGGCAGUUUUUCUACAUUUAUUGGCAAAACCUCUAUGCUAGUGUUACUGGUCAACGCAUUUCUGGCAAUUACAUUCGACCUUAAAUAUUACAUAUGGAAGACAAAUGAUAAGGCUAUAGAUAUAGUUGCUGCUGAGUGGUUAAUCGGUCUUCUUACUAUUGUUUCUCUUAUCAGUCUUCAGCUUUAUGAUAUCGAUCUCGGUGAUGCUCCUUUGCUUGAAUAUAACCACGUUUAUAUAGCCAAGAACCUUCCCUUCAUGGCAACAAGCAUGAAUUUGUUUAUAGUCUCUUCAAUUGUGUUUGGCUUCCUAAUGCUGUGGUCAGUGCGAAAGAGAAUAAGACUGGUAACCUUUAGUAUGCCGAAAAUGCACUUUUUUGAGGUAAAAUGUGUUUUAAAAAUAUCAGGGGCACCCAACGGCAAUUUUCGGAAAAUAUCUGUUCGGAAGACGAUUUGAGAUCUAGAAUUUUCGGAGCAUUUGUUGCAACAUUUCUUGCUUGCCUGCCUCUCCUAGGAUUUUCGAACAUCUACAAAAUGGUAUCAUUACCCAUUUUUAACGGAUUUUGACCUUAAAAAAAGGCCACCUAGAAUUUUCGGGAGCCUUUUCCUGGCUGAAAUUUUCGAGAAGGUAAGUUUUUAUCCCUAUAAUUUUCGGAUCACUAGACUUUCAGCUAGGAAAUCCGAACAGAUGGAAAGUUUUUAGGGGAUAAAAAUAUGCCUAUAUCUACCGUUUGAAUACUGAAAUACGUUCAACAAUGCUAUGUUAAGUGGUUUUGAACUAUAUCCUCGUUGGGUGCCCCUGAAAUAUGCACACUUUUCUAAUUUUAUUUGUUUUUAACAUUUCUUUCCUCAGUAUUGCAAACACAUUCAGCCGAACUAAUGUUGUACAACCUGCCUUCGGAAGUUAAUUCCACUGUUCAGUUUGACCUCAAGAUUUUCCAUAAGUUAGCAUCGAGCUUUGGCAAAGAAAGUCGGAUUGUUUGGAUGUUUGACGAACACUAGCGAAGGCGGCCGGGUUACUAUAGCGCUCGAGCGUUGCUCCUUAUUAUGGACAGCCUGUUUUUGGUGUGGUAGCCACGUGAAUUGACCUACUUCACAAUACCCACCAUAUUUAAUAUUGAUAGGAUAAAAGCAAUGUCACGUGGUAUUUGUGAGGUAAACAAGGGAAAGUUUGCCAAAACAAGUAAUCGAGGUCAAUUUUUUUAUACUUUCAAAACGAGACGACGAUCUUAGUCAUGCAAAAUUUACAGUUUGAGUUUUGAUGGAACUCCCUCCCUCUUCUGGACGAGAUGAAGUAUAUAUUUAAAGGGUGGUGGCCCUGCUAAAGGCGUGUGACGUCACCAAACAUAGUCGCCAUCUUGCUGGAUUUUACCUAGAAUUAAAAAUGAGGUAAAAACGGAGAGAAUUGGUACUUUUUGUGCUUGACAUGUAAAAUAACGCAUAAAUAAGCACCUUACUUCGUUUUACCCACAAGCUUUAAGUUUAAUUUUUUUAAAGAAAAGCAUUUUUACUCAAGAAUGACUUCACCACCUGCCACUUAUGACGUCAUAUCUCGUGACCAUAAUAACUGAUCAUCACUAAACUUGUCUCAAAAUCUGACGUGCGUGGGAUAAACGAACAGCUGCUAAAAACUUCAGAUGCUGAUGUUUGAUCUUCUAGGAAAAAACUCGGAAAGAGUGUGGAUGCCAUCCUCCCUCCCCCCUUAUUUGUACGUCCGGGGAUUAAUCGAUAGAGCGCUACAUUUCCCAGCAACGCUGUCAGAGCUCCAGCUAUUGCUGAUGUCUGGAGGAGGUAUAGAACUUCAAAAGCGUACUGCAGUUAUUCGCAAAUAGGAAGUUAUAAUAAGCGCCGCAAUGACAGUGAAAUUUUAGUUGCCGUAGGCUAUUUAUCAACUUCAAUCCUUUUCAGAAAUCACUGUUUUCCACGCAGGAUUUUUAAAAUCAGUGUAAAAAAAGCUAUUCCUAUUCGCCGUUUUAAAUUUUCAAGAAAACGAGCUUUAAGCGUGUUUAUGUUUGAAACGAGCCUUGUUUUUAAAAUGAAUAUUGAGAUCCAAAUCUAAAAGUUAAAAUUCCCAUAAAGACGUCAAGCUGUCUGUCCAGCCCUCUCUGUUUCUUCAGUGCUGCUGUUCUGUCCAUACUGUAGCUCGUGCAGCCUCGUUGUUUUUCGGCAGUUAAUUCCCCUUCAUGUUGUCUUCAGUACUGUUACGCAUCGCCGCAGUCAUUCUCUGGCUCUAGAAUAUGUGAACAAACUCUGCAAGGAGAGUGACUAUCGAUCAAAUCGCACACUCUAGUUUUCUCAUUAGCUAAUAUUUACCAUAUUAGCUAAGGUGCAUUGUUAAUCCACGGCACCGACUCUUCCUGGGAUCCAUACCAUAAAGCCGACUUAUGGCUAAGCCUCAAGUCAAUACAUUUCAAUAUCAUCAAAAUGUUUAGUCGUACCUUAUGCUUAGUUCUGCAAUAUUAUAUUUUCCCUUGGUUUAAAGUUUCACGUUUAAUUUUAAACUCGUUUCAAAGUUGAACAACCAACCGCGUAAAUUUGCAAAAGUAUAGGAAUCGAUUUUGAUUAUUUAUUGCAAAGUGAAGCGACUCUACGGAGUUGAUUUUAAUAUUUAGACGUCAUUAUUCAUUUUAAUACUACUGUUUGAUAGCUUUAGUACAUUUGAGGUCGAUUAUUACAUUUGUGCCUUCAACUGAUAAUUGCCCUUAUGGCAUAAAGAAUGGAGUAAAUGGCUUUUUUACAAGAGGUAAGAGUCAAACAGGCCUACCAUUUCAAAGUACAAAAGAAAUGUUAACAGGCCUAACAGAAAUCCUCCUUGUUCUUUAAAUGAUAUCUUUUGCCCUCUUAAAAAAUUGAUAGUUUCACAGAACCUCGACUAUCGAAGUUAACAAAGUAAGACAUUCCUUAAUAACUUCUUGACCGUAACAUUGAAGACUAUUCCUUCAUCACUAAAAUCCAGGUCUCUUCGACGUCGUGUAAAUAAGGCCUUUUUAAUGCGUUAUUAGGCAAAAGCAUUAUCAGGUAUGAAACAAAACAAACGAACCUGAAGCCAUUAAACAAGCUCUCUUCAAAGGUCGAAAACACAGCUCCGACACUCACAAUGCAUUUAAAAUGUCCAAGUUACACGCAAUAAAGCUCGAAAAAUUGCCAGUCAUGGGCAGAUUGCACAAUCCUCCGUUUUAUUUGUCCAUGGUAAGAAUGUUGACGUACACGUCACCUUCUACGCAGCUACAUUUUGUUUUUACCUCAUAAUUUACACUCGUUUUGUCUACAGAUACCGUAAUACUGAGAGAAAGUUUACAAAAGUCGUUUACCACAACGUAAAAAAGAUUAACAAUUUACAUUGAGAAGAAGAACUACUCAUAAAUUCAGCCAAAAUAUUUUUUUUCGCACGAGAAGACUUUGCUCUAAGUUAUAAUCACGAGUUGUAACUUCAGUGCAAUUGCAUCAUGCGUCACCAUAAUAUAUUUCAAAUCACAGUAACUGUUUUACUUGCAAAUGAAGAUGAUCGUCGAUGAUCGAAAAAUGUCUUGAUUUCAAUUCAAAGCUGUGGAACAAUCUGUCCAGAUAUCAGUAGAUUCCAAAUUCCAGUCAAAACGUCGUGUACUGGACACAGAUGACGAAAAAGAAGACUUCUUUGUUCGCUGUUCAGGGAACAUUAAAUCUGCUUGGUAUUGUUUCAUGGUUUUUGUUCUUUUGUUUUACGUCAUCUGUGUCCGGUCUGUCCGCUACACAAAGCUCCCAUUACAGCCAUCCUCUCCACCCAUUUAUUGCAUGAAUUUAUCCGGUGAAUGUAAAGUGUAGAAUGGAUUGAUCUGAUACGAAACCCUAUAUCUGCUUGUCGUUUAAUUUCUUGAAACAAUAUUUUGCCAACGAAAUAUGUUUCACCGAAGUUAAAACUUAGGUGAAUGUGCAGGAAUAUUUGAUCUCCCUCUGACUUCUUUGAAAGAGUUAACUUUUCCAUGACUUAUUCUGAAAAAAUUCUCCCUUACAAAUAAAACAAUUAAUUUUCCUGGCAUAUAAUAACACAUGUCACACACUAACAUUGUGAGGAGAUCCGAAAUGCAGAUGUUCUUUUCAAACUAAUAGGAUCGAAAAUAGGAGGCCAGUAAUAAUAAAUUUUUAUGUUCGACUUACAAGACACAUCAUUCUUUGUUUAUGUAUGAGGCUGCUACGCAUAUAUAUAUAUAUAUAUAUUUGCAGAGUUGGAUUAUUUGGUCGAAGACAUUUAUUGCUACUCAGAGUUUCAUGCUCCUUGCGGAGCAAUCAUCAGGCAAGGAGCAUGAAACUCUGAGUAGCAAUAAAUGUCUUCGACCAAAUAAUCCAACUCCGCAAAUCUACACAUCGCUCUAGUUUACCUAUUGAGCACUUUAAUAGCUGAUGAAAUCUUCAAUUCAUUAUAUUACUAUAUAUAUAUAUAUAUGUUAGUUGAGAUGGUUUUGCGGAAGUAAAUGCAAACCAAAUUUUUGUUCAGUAAGGAUUUCCCUUGAUGUCACACAUUCAAUAUUAUUACGUUGGAAGGAUUGAAGACAGUGAUGUCUGACAGUUUUCAUUCAGUAUAUCAUAUUUUUUGUUAGACUUUGGCAACCUGUUUGACACUAUUGAUUUGGAAAAACGUGAAGUAAAGAUAUUAGUUCAUAUUUCACAACUAGAAACUGUGAGUCAAUGUAAAAGGAACUUUAGACUCACAUAGAGACAUUCCAAUUAAUACUAAGAUUCUCGCAUGCGUUUUGUUACUAACUCCCACAGUUCCUCUGCUCUUUUCCAACAGUAGUGGGAGUCUUUUAUUUCCCUUUCCUAUUUACUAGUUAAAGAAGGGUAAAUGAGACAAAGCCAACUGCAAGCCAGUGACUAUAGAUGUGAUCAUUUGGACUGAGACAUAUUGUUAAAUGACAACCUGCUUCACAAGAAAUUGACCUUACAACUGUGCUAUUGGGGAGUUUAAGAUACCAUGACGGCGGACAGCGAAAACAACACGGCGCUCAAAUUAAGUCUUUAGAAAAAGUGCAAGUUAAAAGAAAAGAAGAUACAUUUUGCAGUCGUUUCUUACGUUCUCAAUAAAAUGUGAAAUUAAGAAAUUUAAUGUCGUAUUCGUGCAUGCAAAUGCUGAGAGUAAACGCAAAGAAUUUGAAUAUAGAGGAGGUCGGAGGAAGUUUAACCAGAUUUCUUCACAUGAAAAUACAUUAGGUUUUCUCAUUGUCACUUUCUUAGCUUUGCUGUCAUUGCUUUUUUCUUUUACAGAGAAAAAGGUUAAAUCUGCCUCAACUGCAAGAGAAGGCCAGGCUGCAAAUAGACAUCCAAGCGGCUAAAACUGUCCUCAUAACAGUCGGGGUAUUUCUACUAUGCAACGUUCCGCCCCCUCUGAUUGUAGCGUUGGCUGGUCAGUUUUUCAAAGAUACGGAAUGGCCUCGAUUCCUAGCCAUGUUCAGCAUUUCCAUAUCCAGCGCGAUCAAUCCAGUCCUCUAUUGCUUCCGAAACAGAAGGUUUCGUUCUGCACUAAAACAAUUUCUUAAAGAUCCCUGUGGAAAGUCGCCCUUUAAAGAGACGAAGAAAGUGCAGAAUGAAGCAGUGAAAACAACCUCUAAUAAGUCUGAACAAGCACGACUGGAUUGUGAAAGGGUACAAGAUUGUGGAAAUCAAAACAACGAAAAUGGAGAUCAACUAAUGACACUGCGCAAAAGCCUAUCAUCACAAGAACCAGGAUCUAAGAGGCCUGUCAAGUCUGCAUGGUUGGAGUGCAAACAUUCACCGUCUAAGGGGACAGAUGAUGGUGGAGACGAUUCAAGGGAGGGCGUAGACUAUACAAUAAAUGAAGUAACCGUAGAGGUACACCUUAAUCCAAACCUCAUAUCGUCAAACCACAACUUUAUUAAAGUUCACCCAGAAACCAAAUUGCAAAGUGAGGAAAAACCUUACCCAAAGAACACAGAAGAUUACAGCAGAAAAGAUGUUAUAGAGACGAGUUUUUGA